CCGCGCCCGUGGCCGCGAUGGGUCCCGCCAGGAGCCUCGGUCUGUGCCUGGUGCUGAGCAGCGUGGCCUGGACACGGGGGGAGCUGCUGCCCUGCCCGCAGUGCCCCCUCGCGCGCUGCCUGAACGCCACUCACUGCGGCUGCCCCCCCGGGCACCUGCCCCCCCCCUGGCCGCAGGACCCCCCCCCUGCUGCAGAGCUGCGACGACAUCAACGAGUGCCUGGAGCUGCCCCCCCGCUGCGGCCCCUUCCAGACCUGCACCAACAGCCCGGGGGGGUUCAACUGCUCCUGCAGCCUCGGCUACAGGGAGGGACCCCCCCCCGAGACCCCCGCCCCGGGGUCCCCCCCCGGCCUCCACUGUGUCGACGUGGACGAGUGUGCCGAGGGGGGGUCGGACCCGUGCGGGGGGGGGGGGGCCGUUUGCUUUAACACCCCGGGGGGAUUCGAGUGCCACUGCCCCCCCGGCUACGUCAAGACGCCCCCCCAAAACCACUGCACCGGUGAGUGACCCCUCCCCCAAAUUAACACCACCUCCACCCCUCCAGGACCCCCCCAAAACUCUUUGCCUCCCCAAGGACCUCCUCACACCCCCUUAG